ACUUACAAGACCGCGGCACAUGACGAUUACUUUAUCGACGACAUCGCCCAAUCGUCUGGUUUUCGUUCCGUUAUUCGCAAACAUUCUGAAGUUAACAUCACUGAAGAGCGGAUAUGAUAUUGCAAUGGCGAAGAACAUAUUGAUUCCUCAAUAUUUAUUAUGGUAUAGGAUGAAACUCGGACAUUCGAUAGAGGAUUCACGGAGCAAAUGUCCUGAACUAACAGAGAAUAUUCUUAAACAACUAAAUGAUUGGGCGGAAGAACAUAAUCUCCCGUGCAUUCCUGUGGAACAAUUAGCACUUUUCUUGCACAGUUGUUAUUUUGAUAAGGAAGAUACUAUAAAGUGUAUGACGGUUUACUAUAAAAUGAGGACCACCGUUCCCGAAUUCUUCAGCAAUAGGGAUCCAAGAUCGGAAUAUCUCCAGCAUUCCCUCAAAGCGCUGCAGUUCUUCACUCUUCCUGUGCCUGAUGAAAAUGGGCAUAGGAUUAUUUUUCAUCGACUGGCGGAUACACGACCGAGUCAGUACAUGUUCAAUGAUGGCAUCAAGUUACUUCUCAUGACUUUGGACGCCAGUCUUUAUACAGAAGGAUGCUCCCCUGGUUAUAUUUUCCUUUUUGACAUGCAGGGAGUCAAACUUGGACAUUUGACAAGACUAUCGAUUUCAAGCAUAAGAAAGUUCUUUGAGUACAUCCAGGAAGGACUUCCGGUACGUCUUAAAGCUAUUCACGUUCUGAACGCGGUGUGGUUCAUGGAAAAAGUCCUCGCACUGAUCAGACCAUUUAUGAAAAUGGAGCUUUUAGAAAUGCUUCACUUACACACAGAAGAUGUGUCGGAGAUUCAUCAAUACAUACCGAAGGAAUGCUUACCUGAAGACUUUGGCGGUACAUUAGAUAGUACAGAGGUUCUUCAUGAAGCCCACUGUUCGAAACUUGAUCAACUGCGUGAUUAUUUUCUCGAGGAGGAGGAUUUAUUCCGUGACUGGUGUGCGUACUCAAAAGUAUCAUCUCUUUCCUCUUCUUGCUUGUCAUCCGUCAGUAACCCAGAAAUUGCAGUACCAGUAGAAAAUGAAAAUGGUAUUAAUAAUACCUGACAUUUGUCUCUGACUUCGUUAUCUAUUUUUCAAGGAUUAUUUAGUAAUACAGACGUUUACUUAUCUAUGAAAUAAAACGGCGCAAUUGAACGAAGUGAAGAAUUUCACAUCAUCUAGAUGCGUGCAUUAAAAAUAUGAGAAAAUAAUCGGAAAUUAUGCAAGUGUUUCAAAAGAAGGAAGCAUUAGAAUAGAUGCGAAGACCAUUAAUAUGUUUAUAUUCAAUCAGGAAAAUUAUCUUAAUCAAUACUAAUUUCUAUUAUCUUUAA